GACAAGGAGGAGAAGCCACUGGCCUCAUUAACAAAAGCUCGGUUUUGUCCCUGCGGACCCAACCAGCAGAAGGGACUGAGGAGCUGUGGCUCUCCGCCAGGGAGGCUGGGGCUCCCUGCGCACAGUUGCAGGCAUCCUCUAUCAUGCCCCACGCGGAGGGAGUCCUGGGGCUUGGCAGCCGGGAAGUUUUCAGAGCCGCCGUGGCAGCAGCCCUGGAGAAGACCCGUGGAGAGAGGGAAGUGUGGACUCUUAAAAGCAUGCGUGAGGACCUCCAGGAUGCUUGGUGGUAGGCCACACCCCCAAAGAAUCUGAGACCUGGGGUGGGGUCCCCGGAAUCGACCCAGAUGAAUCUGAUGCAGGAUUAGAAAAGCACAUUAAUCUUGCCAGCGUUGUCAGGAGUGAUCAGCGAGUUUUAUUAAAAGCGUUGGGGUUGUCUGAAAGGCCCCCUUGUCUGAGUUUGCAAUGAGAGAAGCAUGUUAAGAACUUGGGGCACAUUGUUGGGACCCCUUGCCUUGCCCCUUGGACUAUGAGCUGACAUCCCCGGAAGAAGCACAGAAGCCCUCCUUUGUUGAAGGGAUUUCACCGGUGGACAGAAGCGAGCUGGCCCCAUCGGCAUGAGCUCCGUGAGCUGGGGUGGGCUGCCAGCCCUGCUGCUGCUGCUGCUCCUGGGCUGGGCCAGCCCCACCUUCAUUAGCGUGAACCGUGGGGUCAGGGUGAUGAAGGGCAGCUCUGCCUUCCUGUCGGGAGAUGACCUGGAGUUUGCCAUCCCCAAAGAGAAAGAUGCUUGCAAAGUGGAAGUCAUGAUGAAUGAGCCAAUAACCCAGAGGGUUGGGAAGCUCACUCCACAGGUCUUUGACUGCCAUUUCCUUCCCAAUGAAGUAAAGUAUAUUCACAACGGGUGCCCAAUUCUUGAUGAAGACACAGUAAAGCUUAGACUUUACAGAUUUACUGAGACACACACUUUCACAGAAACCUUUAUCCUGCGUGUCUAUCUCCUGGAACCAGACUGUAACAUCAUCCGUAUGAGUAACAAUGUCCUGGAGGUGUCUGAAUUCUACGGCCUGUCCCGAGCCAUUGAUAAGAACCUGCUUAGCUUUGAUUAUGAGAGGACUCCUACCUUGGAGUGUACAGUCAGGCUGGACCCUGCGGGCACUUGGCUGCCGGCCCAUGGCCAGGUGGUUAUGGUGGAGCCUGGGCCAGAAGAACCUCGUGGAGAUCAGCCACACAGUUUUUUCCCUAAGUCUCAGCUGGGAACAGAACUCAGAUGUCCAGGGGGAAGCUGUGCCCUGGGACUGAAGAGAAUAGGAAGUCUGACGGUGAGCUGUGAGGAGUUCCUGCUGAUGGGGCUUCGAUAUCAACAUAAGGAUCCUCCUUCUCCCAACAUUGAUUAUAUCUCCAUCCGACUGGACCUCACAGAUAGCAGGAGUAAGAUCAUAUACAAGUCAGAGAGUGCGUGGCUGCCCGUCUACAUCAGAGCUGGCAUUCCUAACCAGGCUCCGAGGGCAGCGUUCAUGGCCCUGUUUGUUCUGGAGGUGGACCAGUUCAUCCUGACCUCUUUGACUACGUCAGUUCUGGACUGUGAAGAAGAUGAGACCCCCAAGCCCUUGCUGGUGUUCAACGUUACUAAAGCCCCACUGCAGGGCUUUGUGACGCACCUGUGGGACCACACCAGACCCGUCUCCUCCUUCACCUGGAAAGACCUCAGUGACAUGCAGAUUGCCUAUCAGCCGCCAAACAGCAGCCACUCGGAAAGGAGACAUUUUGAGGUGGAGCUGGAGGUAUACGACUUCUUCUUCGAAAGGAGCCUGCCCAUGACCAUCCACAUCUCCGUCAGAACCUCAGACACGAAUGCCCCGCGUGUGUCCUGGAACACAGGUCUGAAUCUCCUGGAAGGGCAGUCUCGGGCCAUCACCUGGGAACAGUUUCAGGUUGUUGACAACGAUGACAUUCGUGCUGUACAGCUGGUCACCGUGGAUGGCCUGCAGCAUGGGCGGCUCACAAUACGAGGGGGGAAAGGCUUCCUCUUCACCGUGGCUGACCUGCAGGCUGGAGUUGUUCGCUAUCAUCACGAUGACAGCGACUCCACCAAAGACUUUGUGGUCUUCAGGAUAUUCGAUGGUCAUCACAGCAUCCGCUAUAAGUUUCCCAUCAACAUUCUGCCCAAAGAUGACAGUCCCCCGUUCCUCAUCAAUAAUGUUAUUAUCGAACUGGAGGAGGGCCAGACCAUACUGAUCCAGGGGUCCAUGCUGAGAGCUUCAGACAUGGACUCCAGUGAUGACUACAUCUUCUUUAAUGUCACCGGACCUCCUCAGGCUGGAGAGAUCAUGAAGAAGCCAGGGCCAGGACUGAUAGGCUAUCCUGUCCCCGGCUUCCUUCAGAGGGACCUGUUCAAUGGCAUCAUUUACUAUCGUCACUUUGGUGGAGAAAUCUUUGAAGAUUCCUUUGAAUUUGUCCUUUGGGACAGCCAUGAACCUCCAAAUCUCUCAGUGCCACAGGUGGUGACAAUUCAUAUCACUCCAGUGGAUGACCAGCUUCCAAAAGAAGCUCCUGGAGUUUCUCGGCAUCUGGUUGUCAAGGAAACGGAGGUGGCCUACCUAACUAAGAAGCAUCUGCAUUUCAUAGAUACGGAAUCGUAUGACAGGGAGCUGGUCUAUACAAUAACAACUCCUCCAUUUUUCUCUUUCAGUCACAGACACUUGGACGCUGGAAAAUUAUUCAUGGUGGAUAGCAUACCAAAGCUAACCAAGAAUCCUGCAGCUCAGGACUUGAGGUCAUUCACUCAGGAUGCUGUGAACUACAGGAAAGUGGCCUACAUGCCGCCCAUGAGUGACAUAGGCCCCCACCUAAGACACGUCCAGUUCACGUUUUCCAUCAGUAACCAACAUGGCGGGGCUUUGCAUGGGAUCUGCUUUAACAUCACUCUUCUCCCAGUGGACAACCAAGUUCCGGAGGUACUCACCAAUCCCCUGAGAGUGGCUGAGGGCAGUCACUGCGUUAUCAGCACGAAGCACAUCCUGGUUUCGGAUGCGGACACCAUACUGGACAGUAUCUACCUCUCCCCGCAGAGACUGCCUCAGCACGGAAGGGUGGAGCUGGAUGGAUUUCCUCUGAGCACAGGGUGCACAUUUUCUUGGGGAGAACUCCAUGCCUUAAAAGUUAGGUAUCAGCACGAUGGAUCUGAAACACUUCAGGAUGACAUACUCUUGGAGGUCACAGACGGCACCAAUUCAGUAGAAUUUGUUCUGCACAUCGAGGUGCUUCCCGUCAAUGAUGAGCCACCGAUCCUGAAGCCUGACCUCAACCCUCAGAUGCAUUGCUCAGAGGGCGAUGAGGUGGUCAUCACCUCUGAACACAUUUUUGCUACUGAUGCAGACAGUGAUGACUUGAAACUGAUGUUUGUGAUUUCUCGAGGACCUCAGCAUGGGGUGGUGAGGAAAGGUGGAGUCACGGUGGAUCACUUCUCUCAGGGAGAUGUUAUCUCAGGGGCCGUGACCUACAAACAUACGGGUGGUGAGGUUGGCCUGGUGCCUUGUUAUGACACCAUUAUGUUAGUGGUUUCGGAUGAAGAAGCAGGCCCUUUUGUGAAUGGCUGUUGCUACAAUGGACCUCACCCAUCUGUUCCUCUUCAUGCGUCCUUUCCGGUGUAUGAUCUCAACAUCACAGUGCAUCCAGUGGACAACCAACCACCUUCACUUGCAAUAGGUACCAUGUUCGUGGUAGAUGAGGGUUUCUCAGCAGCCCUCACCAUUAGCCAUUUGUUGGCCACUGACCCUGACACGGCAGCAGAUGAUUUGGAAUUUGUUUUGACUUCUCCUCCCCAGUUUGGCUACCUUGAAAACACUCUCCCUUCGGUGGGUUUUGAAAAAAGCAAUAUGGGCAUAAGUAUAGCUUCGUUUCAGUGGAAAGACAUGAAGGCUUUGCAUGUUAACUAUGUGCAGUCCAGGCACCUGAGGGUGGAACCCACGGCCGACCAGUUCACGGUGUAUGUCACAGAUGGGAAGCACCGUUCCCUGGAAAAACCAUUUUCUGUUAUCAUCCACCCCACCAAUGAUGAAGUUCCCGACUUUGUGGUGCAGAAUAUUACUGUGUGUGAAGGUCAGAUGAAAGAGCUGGAUUCUUCCGUCAUCAGUGCCGCCGACCUGGAUGUGCCGGAGGACCCCUUGCUGUUCAGCAUCACUCACAGGCCCCGCCAUGGCCUCCUCCUCCACGGGGUGUCCAACCCGGCCUUUCCUCAGCACCAGCAGCCAGCCGGCCCUGGCCAGAGGCACACACUUGUUUACAACUUUUCCAUGGCGCUUCUCAAGAAUGGAAUGAGGUUGAUGUAUGUGCACGAUGAUUCAGAGAACCUUGUUGAUGACUUCACAAUCCAGUUGUUCGAUGGGAAACAUAAGAUACUUAAGACCAUCUCAGUAGAGGUCACCCCAGUCAAUGAUGAGAAACCCGUGCUGAACAAGAAGGCUGAAAUUACAAUGAGUAUGGGCGAAACUCGUGUUAUUUCUAGUGCUGUUCUUUCAGCCACAGAUAGAGACACUCCCAGGGAGAAGAUUUACUAUCUAUUUGACAGACUUCCCCAAAAUGGGCAACUUCAGCUUAAGAUAGGGAGGGACUGGGUCCCUCUCCGCCCUGGCAUGAAGUGCACUCAGGAGGAAGUGGACCUGAACUUGCUGAGAUACACACACACUGGGGCUAUGGAUUCCCAAAACCAAGACAGCUUCAUCUUCUACCUCUGGGAUGGCGACAACAGGUCACCUGCAUUUGACUGUCAGAUCACCAUCAAUGACAUGGGAAAAGGUGAUAUUGUCAUCCUUGCAAAGCCACUUGUGGUGCCUCAAGGUGACAGAGGUUUCCUGACGACCAGCACCCUCCUGGCUGUGGAUGGAACAGACAAGCCUGAGGAGCUGCUCUACGUCAUCACCUCCCCGCCACGAUACGGCCGGGUGGAGUCUGUCCACUCCCCUGGAGUCCCCAUUUCGACUUUCAGCCAAAUGGACAUCGUAGGACAGGCAGUCUGCUACGUGUAUCAGAGGAAGGCGCCUGUCCACAGUGACACAUUCAGAUUCAUUGUCAGCAAUGGAUUGCAGACCAAGCAUGGGGUGUUUGAGAUCAUCCUGGAAGCCGUGGACAGAUCCUUACCCGUGGUGACCAAGAACAAGGGGCUGAGACUGGCUGAAGGGGCCACAGGCCUGCUUUCCGCUGACCUCCUUCAGCUGACCGAUCCUGACACUCCCGUGGAGAACCUUACCUUCCUUUUGGCCCGGCUCCCACGACAUGGCCAGCUCUACCUGCGGGGGACCAUGCUGCUCCAACACAACUUCACUCAGCAGGACGUAGACAGCAGGAUGGUGGCCUACAGGCACUCGGGAAGGGACUCAGGGACUGACUGCUUUACUUUUGUGGCCACAGAUGGGACCAACCAAGGCUUUGUUGUGGAUGGAAGAGUGUGGCAUGAACCUGUUUCAUUCAUCAUCAAGGUGGACCCCUUGGACAAGACAGCCCCCCACAUCACACACUUGCAUUCCGCCUCUCAAGUGGGGCUCCUGAAAAAUGGCUGUUACGGGAUUUACAUCACCUCCCGCGUGUUGCAGGCAUCGGACCCCGACACCGAGGAUGAUCAGAUUAUCUUUAAGAUUUUACGUGGCCCCCAGCACGGACAUCUGGAGAACACAACCACAGGUGAAUUUAUCCAUGAGAAAUUUAGCCAAAAGGACUUAAACAGUAAGACCAUUCUUUACGUCAUAAACCCGUCUUUGGAAUUUAAUUCAGAUGCCAUGGAAUUUCAAAUUAUGGACCCCACAGGGAACUCGGCCAUUCCGCACAUUCUGGAGCUGAAGUGGUCUCACAUUGAGUGGUCACAGGCUGCCUAUGAGGUCUGUGAGAACGCGGGUGUGUUGCCCUUGGAAAUCACCAGGAGGGGCUAUUCCAUGGACUCGGCCUUUGUGAGUGUGGAGGUCAACCAAGUGUCAGCUACAGUUGGAAAAGAUUUUACGAUGACUCGAUCUAAACUGAUUCAGUUUGACCCAGGAAUGUCAACCAAGAUGUGGAAUAUAGCAAUUACCUAUGACGGAUUAGAGGAAGACGACGAGGUCUUUGAAGUCACUCUGGACUCCCCCGUGAACGCGGUUCUUGGCACGAAGACAAGAGCCGCAGUGAAAAUUUUGGACUCCAAAGGAGGUCGGUGCCAUCCUCCAAAUUCCUUCAACCCAAGCAAGCACCACGCGUGGAAUAAGAGCUCUUGGCACCCGCCAUCCCCAGGGUCUUCCUUCCCCACCAUGUCUGGUUCCUUUCAUCUGGAAAGAAGACCUCCUCCAUCUUCCAAGCAGCCAGCAGUCACCAGGGGAGAUGCCCCACAGGGCUUUGACUCUACACAUGUUUAUGGAAUGAGGCUUAGAAGCCGAGGGAAUGGCAAAACAGUCCGUCCAUCCUCUGUUUACAGAAAUGGAACAGACAUUAUCUAUAAUUAUCAUGGAAUAGUUUCCCUGCAACUGGAGGAUGACAGUUCCCCAGUUCACAGAAGGAAGACCAAAGUGCCCAUGAUUAGUCGACCACAAAAGGCAAUCAAAGCGGCAGAAGGACCUCAAGCAGAUAAAGGGGAAUCCACAACCCACUCACACUUCCCCAGACAGAGCCAUUUCCCCUCAUUCCCAAAGAACUGCACGCUGGAAUUGAACGGGCUCUUCCAUUUCGAAGAGAGCCUCCAAAAGCUGUACAAGUGCAAUGGGAUCGUCUGGAAAGCUUGGAGCCCCCAAACCAAGGCGGUGGGAGACCCAUCCUGUCCAGCCGGGUGGCACCCUCACUCCGGAUACUGUCACUCCCUGAUCAUAGCACCCAGAGGCUCAUGGAAUGCAGCUGCCCGAGCUUGCAGGGAACAUCACCUGGGCAGCCUUGUAAGUGUCCUGUCCAGGCAGCACAUGCGAUGGCUCUGGGACUUCAGUGGAAGAAAGCCCUUCUGGAUAGGUUUGAACAACAAAGUGCAUGCUGGCCACUGGGAGUGGAUUGGCGGUGAGCCUGUCACCUUCACCAACUGGAGCAGGGGGCCCCCUCGGCAUUCAAAGCCUGGCAAGAACUGCGUUUUGGUUCAAAGACAAGGAAAAUGGCAAACCAAGGACUGUAGGAAGGGCAACGCUCACAAUUAUGUGUGCUCCAGGAAACUAUGAAUGCAACUGGCCUUCCAGGUACCCAAUGGGAUUUCUCACCUAUUUAUUUACAAGAUUCAUGCACACUGCUCCAUAGAAAACAAGGUGUCAUGACUAACUUGGAACAUUUUUUUUACUCAUAGUGUAUGAUGGAUAUUAUUUUGUAAAAAAAAAAAAGGGGGGGGGGAUAAAUGAAUACCUUCAGGAAGCCUGAUAAAUGAAUAUUUCUUAUAGGAAGAAAUACAAUUCUUGCAUCUCAGUACUUUUCAAAAUAAAUGUCUGAAGUAUUAUUUGGAACAAAAUUGGCUUACUCUAGAGAUCACCACCCCAACCCAUGCAGUAUCUCAGUUAUCACCAAUGUCAUGGUCUUUGGAGUUUGGGGGUCUCAGUACUUCAAAUGAGUCCGCUGUGAAAUCCAUACUGCAGGGGCUUUCUCCACUUGGGGCUGAGUGCAGCUAAUCCUAGUUCAUUCCAUCGGGGUUGGACUGCCACUGCCUGCUUUGUCCCUUUGGAGCCCUUUCCAAUGUGAAACCCGAGCUAAGAGGCUGCGGAGCAGAAGGAGAGUUCUCUGUGGUGAAAAGGGAAAGCUUUAGACGGAAGAAUCUUGCCGAUGGCAGCUCAUCUGCAAAGCUCUAGUUCAGGUAAGAAAUCAGAGGCCACCUGUGCUCCAGGAAGUCUACCUAUCAGUACUCAGGAGCCAGAUCUCCUUUUGGAAUAAGAAUGUUGGCCUUCUGCCAUUCCAAGGCUACUGAUUGUAGUUCCCCAGCCUUACAGAGUCAUGAUAAAUUUAAAGGAACAUGAGCCUCUAUAUUCAUUUAUGUUUAUAAUACUGACCAGGAUUUGUCAAGUAAAUUUUGGAAUAAAGAGUAUAUAUAAAUGAUGCUUAAUAUAUGGAAGAAAAAUACUGCUUCCUCAGACGUGUCCCAAUGAACUAUGCUGAUGAACAACAAUAACAACAACAACAACAACAACAAAAAUAUUGAAAACAAAGCCCUUGAAAGCCUAUACUCUCAGAAAGGAGUCUGAUGCAAAUUUGAGCCCUUAAACCUAUAAUAUCUGUGGAAAUGCCACGAUGAUGCCAUUCUCUGAUAUAAAGGUACCUUGUUAAUUUAUGUCAUCUGAGUGAAACAUUACUGUAGCGGUGAAGCAUGCUGCAGAUUUAUAAGAACUCCCUUCUGAAAUCAAGGUUUAAUGACAGGAAAUUAGAAGUUUAUUUCUGAAACAUUUACUAAACAUUUUCCUCUUUCCCAAAGCACUAAAAAAAUAUGGCUGUGCCCAAUGUAACUUGCUACAUGAGCACCAGAGUAACUUCAGAAUCAAAAUGAGGUUACCCAGAAGACCAGUGCUUCAGUGCAGGGUUUAUUAUAAUAAUUUCUGGGGCAAAACUAAAAAAGACUGAAGAAAUUCAAAUUUUUCGAUGUAAAACAGCACACACUUGUUUUAUUUCUGCUCAUUUAUCAAGGUUUUGGUUAAUAGACAUAUUGUCAAAGAGAGGCUGAGAUAAGAUUUAGACACCCUAGGAGAGAAGAAAAAAAAAAGUUCAAAGAAUGAGAAUUUCAAGGGCCACACCUUCGUACUGGAACUCUAGAGCUACUUAACUAUUUAAAACUGAAAAUUCAGAACCAUGGCAACCGCGUAGAACCUGUUUGGCAUGGUGGAUUUUAUUAUACAAUGAAUAUAACCACAGUGACAGUGCUAUUUAAAUAUAAUUGCAAUGUUAGCACAAAAGAGACUGUUUUGAAUUUUUAUAGCCACUAGAAAUACCACAAGGAUGUUUAAAAGUAUUCCUGAUCAUGAAAGCAUUAAUCAAGUUGUAAAAUCCAAGAAAUUGUAAGAAGAGAUAUAUAAAAAUUCAGGCAAAUGUGGGUGCUGGGCAAUAUUCGUCAUGAUCUUCACUUGUUUCUCAAGAUUGGGUUUGACUCUGAGUCAGGAAGAAUUGAAUGAUUGUCAUGGUUCUCUCCACCCUGAUUGGUCAUUGUCGCCAUUCGGUUCCGAGUGGAGCAGGAAGGAAGGAAGUGAAGUAAUGGUGGAAUGGGAAUGGGAGAUUGUAGGAGAGUGAAGGGAAAAGAAGAGAGGAAGGUUGAGGAAGAAGAGGAGGAGACUGAGGGUAGAUAAAGCACCAGAAAGAAGGACCUGGAGCCACCACGCUCUUCUCCCCACAUUGAAGACUAACUCAGGAAAAGACCCACUUGAUCCAAGGGCCUCAACCCAACACAAUCGUGUGUAGCUUUUCAGAAUAUUGUGAUAUUUGGUUUUUAACAAAAAAAAAAAAAAAAAAAAAAAGAGAGAGAGAGAGACAUGUGUACAGCAUAUAUUUGCUCAACAUAAACUUGUAAAGCAUUAUUUUAUCUCCCUGCAAGGAGUGAUAAAAAUGAACCUGGUGACAUUUAUUUACGUUUCUGCUUUUGUUAAUUUUCAAUUAGUCCCAAGUAACAAUUACCUAUUUUUGUUAACAGAACAGUUCUGUAUAAUUUAAACCAUGAACUGGUGCUGAUGAAUUUCUGCAAAAAAGCAGCAUAUUAAAUGUACUGUAUCUAUUAUUGUAUCAAAAUCAAUAAAAUAAAUAUUUCUGAACCACUG